AAUUGGGGCAGUACUUCCACUACCUCUUGUCGAAGAGACGCGCUAUUUCUAUUGGCUUUAAGUCUACUGACUGACAAACAUCUCUCACCGCUGUCCCCCCCGUCCUCAAGCUAAAAGACUAUUACUCCAUAGGAGAUAAAAACGGAGGAAAACUACAAGAUCCAGUCAGCGGACACGCUGAAGCUGCUUUCCACAACAGUUUGAGACCUCAUCAUUUCUUAAUGUCCAGGAGCAUUGGGAGCAGAGUGGUGCGUGUGAGUGCUUUGCAAGUCUGCAGGCUCACCCCCCUUUCCGCUGCCUCCUCUUGCCACCCUGUGCCGCCCCCCGCCUCGACCUCCACCCCCCCAGCGGCGCGCCCCUGGAGGUCGGGCUGCUGAGGGCGCCGGCGGAGCGCCAUGGUAACCCACAGCAGGUUUGACUCCUUCCCCGUGAUGAGCAGCAGUCCUGUGGAGUGUGGCCGGCGGCUGCCGCACCGCCACCGCUACAAGACCUUCAGCUGUCGCCUGCAGUACCAGCUGGUGCUGUCGGCCGCGCGCAAGCUCCAGGAGAGCGGCUUCUACUGGAGCUCCAUGGGGGGCAAGGAGGCAAGCACGCUCCUGAGCGCCGAGCCCGCCGGCACCUUCCUGGUGCGCGACAGCUCCGACCACCGCCACUUCUUCACGCUCAGCGUCAAGACGGUCACGGGCACCAAGAACCUGCGCAUCCAGUGCGACGCCUGCUCCUUCUACCUGCAGACCGACCCGUGCGAUGCCCAGAAGGUGCCCCACUUCGACUGCGUGCUCAAGCUCAUCCACCACUACAUGCCCACCACCGCCGCCUUUGCCAGCGGCAGCCUCAGUGCCGACGGCUCCUCAGCAUCAGCAGCAGGCGGCGGCAGCUGCAGCAGCGGUGGCGCGAGCGGCUCCUCCGCCGCAGGGGAUUGUGGGAAGGGUCCGGCGGAGGGGGCCGGGAGGAGCACCUACUUCAUCUACUCGGGAGGCGAGAAGGUGCCCCUGGAGCUGCUGAGGCCACUGGCCUGCAGCAUGUCCACGCUGCAGCACCUCUGCCGCAAGACGGUCAACGGACACCUGGACAUGUCCACCAAGCGGGAGCAGCUGCCCCAGACCCUGCAGGAGUUCCUCGAGGAGUACGACGCGCCCAUCUGACCCCUCAGUCCACCCCAACUCAACAUCCUUCAACAGUGUAUCUCCCCCCCACUUGCCUCUUCUGGGGAGCAGAGCCACACGAAACCCAACGGUCUCCUCGCGCCCUUUGGACUUUGGCGUUUAGGAGACGCGUCUCGCGGACGUGUGGACGUUUGUGGUAUCCGGCAGGGGGUGUCACAUGCCGAACAUGUGGCCGGUCACAGGCCGAGAGAGCGAGGGCAAGAGAGAGCAGUGGAUGCUGGGAGUCCCGGGCCAUGUGAAGGAGGCGCUAACACCGGGCUUGGUUUUUAGCCGUUUUUAAAAGUUCUCUGUGUGUCCGUCAGUAUUGUGGGCUGGACGCCAGCCCAACUGUGCCUUUGAGUGCUUAGAGGAGACUGUGUGAGAAGAAAAGAGGAAUAGAGAGUGAUUGUUUUGGCCUUGGAAUGGACAGCACAAAAGAAAUAUUCCUAUGGAAUGUGGCGCAGAAGCCUUCGGGUUGACAGUUGACCAGUUCUGGACACGAAAAACAUAAAACACAAGGGUGAACAAUUGCCAUUUUUUUUUUCUUUUUUUUUUUCCCAGUUUUAUUUCCCCCUUCCCUUCAGACGGAGAGAACUUUGUCUUGUUGAAGUUUUUUUCCAGAUGACGAAUGACGUCUGUCACGUUUGCGCAGUGGACUACUCUGGCGUUGUGUCAGUCUCGGAGUUAAGUGUGCUGCUAGGGCUGCCAUCCAGCCCUCACUAUCGAUCAGGAGAAGCUCUCUCACUUUGGUUUAACCUGGUUGACAAUUGGACUCCUCCACGAAAGAGAGUGUAGCUCUCUGUGUGUGUGUGUUUGUGUGUGAGUGUGUGUGAGUGUGUGUGAGUGUGUGUGAGUGUGUGUGUGUGUGUGUGUGUGGAGAAGGGCCCUGGCGGUGACUGCAUGACGUUCACAUUUCCACAGCUCCUUGCCAAGCGGAGCAGCCGCCUGGAUGAGUGGGUGGGGGGGGGGUUGGGUCUGUGGAGCAGCCACUCUCCCCACCGUCUGCCCGGAGCCACUCAGAGCCAGAGAGCACAGCCAGCCUCACCUUUACUCCUCCUCUCUCUCUCCCCCUCUCUCUCUCUCUCUCUUUCUCUCUCUCUCUCUCCUCCAUCAUAUCCUCUGAACUCCCUCCCCUCUUUCCUCUCUCCCCAACAUUUCAGCAUCCAUCUUUUGGUGGAUUCGCCGAGCUCUCUGUCUCUCUCUCACACACACCCACUCUAUCUGUCUGUCUGUCUCUCUCUCUCUCUCUCUCUCUCUCUCUCAUUUGUCUCCCUCCUACCAUCUCUCUCUCUCUCCCUGUCUCUCUCUCUCUCUCUCUAUCCCCCUCUCUCUCUCUCCCUCUCUCCUGCUCACUGUAGACAUGAGUUUGAAAAUGGCUCCUGUGAAGAAACCCAGUGUUGUUACUUGGAGGAAAUUCUUACCGUGGGCCAAAAUAAAUGAUUAUUUCCUCCCGGGCCCAGAAAGCCAAGCAAAUAUUUAAAAUGCGUCAGCACUGGCAUUGCAGCAGGAGCGGCGAGGGGCCGAGUCCACAGACGUAUACUGUGAAAUCUUAGCCAAGCACAGUAUGCAGAAGAAAACCCUUAAACCUACUGCUCUGAAUCCUGACAUGGAGGUGGACAUGCCUCUUAAAUAAGCAAGAGACAAGGCUGCUCUCUCUCUCCUCAGAUGAAAAAAAAAGGAGUUGUGGGAACGCAACGAGAACGCAAUGACAACACCAAUCACACGUGCAGAGUCUCCAAUCCCUCAUCACAACAAUAACGACAAAUGUGUUUGGUUUCGCGUAAAGCAGAACGAGUGCUCUGCAGUCAACAUGAAUGUAUUCCUCCUAGUCUUUAUAAGGGCUUCUGCCACCUCUUGUAGUUUUCUAGAGUUGUUUUUUUUGUACUUUUUUGUCAAAUUAAGAUGAUGCAUACAUGUGUCACAACCAACCAGACAACAUGUUUUUUAUCCUCUUGUCUUUUAUAAAGAUUUCACCCAUCUUAAUGGUGCAGUCUAGUGACUGACAGUGCAAGCUUGAAGAUCUGGAAGUGAAAGCAUUACAUAUGGAAAUGCAGACCGAAACUUUGCACAUAUUUAUAUUUAUAAGAUAUUUCAAUAAUUUAUAUUAAAGAGCACUAUUUUUACAAAACGGA